AUGUCUGCUGAAACGUGGAGAACGACAUUGGCGGCGCUUCGUCUGAAAUACAAGAUGCCUACGACCAUCAGUUACCGACGUCUGCUCCUCAUUCGUAUAGCAGCGGUCUUCUCAUUUACGGCGUAUGCUUGUUCUCAAGCCUAUGCUUUGCAUCUUCCUGGACCGGAACCACCAAAGCCAUAUUCCCCGAAUGACUCGUUCAUCAUCACCUUCUUCGUGCUGUCUGCGAUUAUAAAUAUUCACUGGCUUCUCCAAUUGUUUUUUGAGUGGGACAUUUCUGGAACUACGCUUCCUUUGACAUUUGGAUGGAGCGAAGAGCCUUGCUGUAUAUCGGCGGACGAUGAACUCUUAACAUCGCCUAAUCUCUCUGAAGAAUUCGAUCGUGACGCCCGUGUUUUUACCGCAAAUCUCAGUUCCGCUCAAGUCAGGUGCAUCCCUUUCAGUAUAGCAGGCAAUGUUUUCAUGGCUGCUUGGGGAUAUGCCUGGUCAAAUGAAUACUACACAGUAUCACAGAUCAUGCUCACUGCCAACCUCGCUACCAAUCUUUAUGCUGUUUUCAUGCUUCUACAUGUCGAAAACGAUGAUCGCAUUACUCCUGCCAACUAUAUUACCCACUUUGUCAUGAAAACGAAUACUGGGCUUGCGGUGCUUUACAUGUGGAAAAACUGGGGUGUUAUUGAUCCAUCAACAACACCUUCUAUGGCUGAAAUGAUCAAUAGCUGUGUCAUAUUUCUUUUAAUGACAGUGGGGUCGGGUCCAGAUCCGACUUUGGGCAUCUGCCUGCUCUAUGAUCUAACAGCACUCAUUUCUGGCGACACCACAAGCGAACUGUGGUAUUAUUCGUUCCAUUGGACAUCAAUAGCUGUCAGCAUGUGUCUCCUAAUCGAACUCAAGUUAUCACGGAGCAACAACUUUUCCUGGUUAAAAGGAUUCGACCAGCCAGUGGGCCUCUGGUUUCAUCGAGACCGACCUGGGCGAAUUUACCUCGAAAAAGAUCUUGAGAAACGCGGCAACGUGACCUUCGUUCGUUCCUAA